AUGCAAUCUGCAAUCGAUACUCUCAAAGGAAAACAUACAUAUGAUCAAAAUGACGUGCCGAAUCUGUCCGGCAGGACUGCGCUGGUAACGGGUGGCACACAAGGAAUUGGCUUCGAGGUUGCCAAGACACUAGCCGUCUCUAAAGCCCGCGUGCUCCUCUUGUCACGCAAAGUGGAAAAUGGUACUGCAGCCGUUGAGGCAAUUCAAAAAGAGACUUCUGGAGGAGCCGACAUUGAAUUUGUUGAAAUUGACCUCGGUAACCUCAAAAACGUCUGCGAGGUUGCGGAUAGGAUCAGCGCAAAGGAAGCUCGCUUGGACAUCCUCGUUGCCGACGCUGGGAUUGGCGUCAAUAAAUAUGAAUUGUCCUCCGAUGGCAUAGAACAUCACUUUAGCGUCAACAAUCUCGGACAUAUCCUCCUCAUAAAUCGACUCCUACCCUUAAUCCGCAAAUCCGCUCAACUCAACGAAUCCCCCGCACCACGCAUCGUACAGCUCUCUUCCUCCUUGCACAAAACCGCACCUUCAUCCGUAGCAUUCGAGUCCCUCGAAGAAAUCAACGACUCCUCUCUAGGCCCCAACACCCUUUACGCCCGCAGCAAACUCGCCAACAUCCUCUUCACCCGCUGGCUCGUCGCUCACGUUCUCGAAGACGGCUCACGUAUAUACGCACUCGCCACACACCCCGGAGCCGUGCACACUGAACAACAAAAUCAACUCAAAGAUGCAUAUGGCGAGACAGUUGGAGGUGCAAUGAAAGCGGUUGCGGUACCGUUUAUGCGCUCUCCCGACCAGGGAAGCUUGAGUACGCUCUGGGCUGCUACGGAUCCUGAGGUCGAACAGAAGGGAUUGCAUGGAGCGUAUGUUACUGAUCCAGGAACCGUUGGUGGUGAGACGAAGCAAGCGCAGAACGAUAUGCUUGCGGAUAAUUUGUGGACGCUUGCUCAGGGACUUAUCAAAGAGAAGGCCGGGGAGGACGCGUUCCUGGACUGGACGGAGGUUAAGGCAUGA